UUUUGGGGAAACCCUUUUCCUGUGUCCAGAAUGCCUCUCAAGACCCCUCAGAGCUCCACUCCGGGUUCCCCCGAGCAGGGGGACGUGUCUGUGGUCCUCGUGGGCAAGCCGGGCGUGGGCAAGUCGGCCCUUCUUAAUGCCGUGCGAGGGAUGGCAGAAGGGGAUGUUGGAGCUGCGCCGGUGGAGGCCCCAGCUAAAUCGGGGUGUCCCAUCAUGUACCCUGAUCCAUCCCACCCUAACUUACUGAUAUGGGAGUUGGAAUUGGUGGGAGAAGGACAAGCAGAGCGGUGGCUGGGUGAGGCAGACAUGUUUGUCAUGGUGACGGACGGCAAGUUUGACGAGGUCCACGCUCGCCUUGCCGGGGAGGUCCGAGCGGCUGGCAAGAAGGUCUAUUUUUCCCGUACCAAGGCUGACUUGGAGGUGCAUACCCUCAAGAGGCUGAUGGGGGAACACUAUGACCGGUCCGAGGUACUCAAGGCCCUGCGGGGAGUCUGCGCGGAGUCGCUGGGGGCCCACAGCCUUGGAGAGCCCUUUGUGUUCCUGAUCUCUGCAUUUGAGCCCUAUGCGCUGGACUGCCCCCAACUGCGAGAAGCGUUGCUGAAAGAUGUACGAGUAUAUGAGAGGAUCCUGAAACCUGCUCGCAUAGGUUUUGAACUGAUCACCGAGAAGGAGAUUGCAGAGAUCCAGGAGGCCUACGAGCUGGGAGGCCUUUCUGAGGUGGUGACACGAAUCCAGUGCAGCCUGGAGACUAUCUGGAAUGCCCAGCUCGAUAUUGCCAUCACCGGGGAAUCUGGUGCUGGCAAGUCCACAUUUGUCAAUGCCUUGAGGGGCUUGAGUGAUGAGGACGAGGAAGCGGCUGCGACAGGUGUGACCGAGACCACAGCCCAACCCACGCCCUACUCCUACCCCAGUUACCCCAAUGUCAUCCUGUGGGACCUCCCAGGCAUCGGCACGCCCAACUUCCAAGCGGAUCACUACUUGGAAGCCGUGGAGUUCUCUCGCUAUGAUUUCUUCAUCAUCCUGGCCUCUGAGAGAUUUAAGGAGAACCACAUCCUUUUGGCUCAAGCCAUUGUGGGAGCGGGCAAGAGGUUCUACUUUGUGCGCACCAAGGUGGACAACGAUCUGGAGGCCAUGGCGAGGAGGAAGAACCCACCCACUGAAGAGGCUGUGUUGGAGGAGAUCCGGAACGACUGCCACGAGAAGCUAGCCAAGGCUGGGCUUGGAGACACCAAGGUUUUCCUGCUCAGUAGCUUUGAGAUCAACAAGUUUGACUUCCACACCUUUGAGGAAACUUUGGAGCAGGAACUGCCGAGCCACAAACGCCACGCUUUCCUGUUGUCCCUGCCCAACGUCUCCUUGGCGAUCAUAGAGAAGAAGAGACAGCUCCUUCACCAGGAGGUUUGGAAGGUCGCCUUGGUAUCCUGCUUGGUGGCUGCUGUUCCUUUGCCGGGCUUGGCCUUCACCUGCGACGUCUCCAUCUUGUUGAGGAAGCUCUCCACCUACCGCCAGGACUUUGGUUUAGACGCGGCCUCCUUGACGCGGCUAGCGGAGCGCUCCAGAAAACCCCUGGAGGUUUUGCGGACCGAAGUGCACAGCACUCUAGGCCGCACUAUCAACAGGGAUGUGGUGGUCAAGCUGUUAGGGAAGGCCACUGGGGCAGGCUUGAUGGUGGCUGAUUUCCUUCUCCACCGUAUCCCGGUUUAUGGAGCCCUGGCUGCUGGGGGUAUUUCCUUCCACUCUACCUACUCCAUGUUGAGCCAGUGCUUGGAAGAGCUUGCCAGUGACUCCCAGAGGGUCCUCCUGAAAGCCUUUGACAGUGAAGUCUGAAGCAGCUAG